AAUUGUCUUUCUUCUCCUCCACCAUACCAUAUUGCUCCCCGUCCUUCACACAACACUUCCACCUUCUACACUCGCAGUCAUCGCAACGUACAACAGUCCUUAUAGGCACAGUCGCUGACCUGUGCCGCUCUCAGUCUUUUUUUCAUAACAGCCUGUGAUCGAGCUAGUUCUCGAUAAUUUCCAUAUCCGCCUUACAAAGCCACUCGAACUGUUCGGCUUCUUGCCGAAAUUAUGGGUCGCGUAUCCUUCGCCGACGAUGUAAAAGAUUCCUCAAUCGAAGACAUCGAACAAGAGCCCACCAGCGUCUAUGAGUACCAAAACACCCCAGAGAACAAGUCCUGGGCAGGUGCCUUGCCGCUGAAGCAGGGUCUAUACGACCCCGAGUACGAGAAAGAUGCUUGCGGUGUUGGUUUCAGCGCCCACAUCAAGGGCAAGGCGAGUCACAAAAUCGUCAUAGAUGCCCGCAGUCUUCUUUGCAACAUGACCCACCGCGGUGCGGUGGGUUCAGACGCACGCGAUGGUGAUGGUGCUGGUGUCAUGACCUCGUUCCCCCACAGAUUCUUUCUCAAGAAUUUCGAGCGUGAGCAGGGCAUCAAAUUGCCAUCUGCGGGAAAAUACGCUGCAGGCAACAUCUUUUUCAAGCCUGAGGAAGAGAUUCUGAAGGAGACCAUCGACAAAUUCGAGAAUAUUGCAGACAGCCUCGACCUUCGAGUUCUUGGAUGGCGUGAGGUUCCCCGGGACAGCUCUCUGCUCGGUCCUGCGGCCAAAUCGCGUGAGCCCAUCAUCCUGCAGCCUUUCGUAGUCCUGAAAACGGCAUACGGUGAUGCAAAGGAACCCAAGGCCGACUUCGAGGAGGUCUACGACGAGCAGCGAUUCGAACGUCAGCUUUACGUCCUCCGAAAGCGUGCGACGCACGUGAUUGGGUUGCACAACUGGUUCUAUAUUUGCUCGCUGAGCAACAAGAAUAUCGUCUACAAAGGUCAGCUUUCGCCUUCUCAGGUGUACGAAUACUACCACGAUCUCGUCAACGUCGAUUACGAGGGCCACUUCGCCCUAGUCCACUCCCGAUUCUCCACCAACACAUUCCCCUCCUGGGACAGAGCCCAGCCUCUUCGGUGGGCUGCCCACAACGGAGAGAUUAACACUCUCCGAGGUAACAAGAACUGGAUGCGAGCAAGAGAGGGUGUACUUCAGUCGGCUACAUUUGGGGAUGAGCUGGAAUCGCUUUAUCCAAUCAUCGAGGAUGGUGGCUCUGACUCGGCUGCAUUCGACAAUGUGUUGGAACUUCUCACCAUCAACGGUGUUCUGUCGCUGCCGGAAGCGGUCAUGCUGAUGGUUCCCGAGGCUUGGGAGGGCAAUGAUCAGAUCGACGGUUCCAAGCAGGCAUUCUACGAAUGGGCUGCUUGCUUGAUGGAGCCAUGGGAUGGCCCUGCACUUUUCACUUUCGCAGAUGGUCGCUACUGUGGUGCCAACCUAGACCGUAACGGUCUUCGUCCUUGCAGAUACUACGUUCUAGACGAUGACCGAAUCAUUUGUGCUUCUGAGGUCGGAACGAUGCCUAUCGAUCCUUCGACUGUCAUUCAGAAGGGACGUCUGCAGCCUGGACGUAUGCUUCUCGUUGACACCGUUGCUGGUCGCAUUAUCGAUGACGCCGAGCUCAAGAAGACUGUGGCCGCUCGUCAUGACUUCCGAUCCUGGCUCGAUGCCAAGUUGAUCGUGAUGCCGCAAAUUCACAAGAAAUUGUUGGAUAACGGCGUCGACCUGGCCCCCAAGCUUUCUGAGAGCAAGGUUCAAGAAGACCCUCUGCUGAAAGUCUUUGGUUAUUCGCUAGAGCAGGUAACAUUGCUCCUCGCCCCUAUGGCAGCUGACUCGAAAGAGGCGCUUGGAUCCAUGGGUAACGAUGCGCCUUUGGCAUGCUUGGCCCAGCAGCCGCGUCUGCUGUACGAGUACUUCCGUCAGCUCUUCGCUCAGGUUACCAACCCGCCGAUUGACCCCAUUCGAGAGUCUGUGGUCAUGUCCUUGGGUUCGUAUGUCGGUCCGCAAGGCAACCUGCUCGAAAUGAACAAAGACCAGUGCCACAGGCUAUAUCUGCCGUCUCCCAUUCUCUCCAUCGAGGAGAUGAAUGCCCUCGCAAACAUUACAAAGUUGCACUCCGACUGGACUGUAGCUACCAUUGAUAUCACCUUCCCUAAAUCCGAAGGCCUCCAGGGCUACGUCGACGCCCUCGAUCGCAUCAACGAUGCUGCCACCGAAGCCAUCGAGCGAGGUGACAACAUUCUCAUCCUCUCCGACAAAGCCACAUCGGCAGAGCGUGUUCCAGUCUCCUCGCUCCUGGCUACCGGUAUGGUUCACCACCACCUGGUCCGGAACAGGUGGCGUGCACAGGCUGCCUUGGUUGUCGAGACUGCCGAAGCCCGUGAAGUACACCACAUGUGUGUUCUUGUCGGCUAUGGUGCAGAUGCCAUCUGCCCAUACCUCGCGAUCGAGACUAUCCUUAAGCUCUCGCGGGAGGGUCUGAUCCGCAAGAAGCUCAGCGACGAGGAACUCAUCGGCAACUACAAGCAUUCUUGCGACGGUGGUAUCCUCAAGGUCAUGAGCAAGAUGGGUAUUUCCACCGUGCAGAGCUACAAGGGUGCCCAAAUUUUCGAGGCUCUUGGUAUUGACGAUGAGGUUGUCGACCGCUGCUUCACUGGUACCGCGACCCGCAUCCGAGGUAUGACCUUUGAGCUGAUUGCUCAGGAUGCCCUUGCUCUCCACGAGAAGGGUUUCCCGUCCCGAAGCAUCACCGAGAUCCCAGGUCUCUCGGAGACUGGAGAAUACCACUGGCGUGACGGUGGUGAGCCACACGUCAACGACCCGGUCUCGAUCGCAAACAUUCAGGACGCAGUGCGCAUGAAGAACGACAAGUCCUACGAAGCAUACUCCCGAUCCGAGUACGAGCAGAUCAAGAACUGCACUCUUCGUGGCCUGCUUGAUUUCGACUUUGAGGUCGGAAACCCCAUUCCCAUCGAGCAAGUCGAGCCAUGGACUGAAAUCGUCCGUCGUUUCGUCACCGGUGCCAUGUCCUACGGAUCCAUCUCUAUGGAGUCUCACUCGACCCUUGCCGUUGCCAUGAACCGUUUGGGCGGCAAGUCCAACACGGGUGAAGGUGGUGAGGAUCCCGAGCGAAGCUUGCCUCUCGAGAAUGGCGACACUAUGCGAUCUGCCAUCAAGCAAAUCGCUUCCGGACGUUUCGGUGUUACAAGCAAUUAUCUCGCCGAUUCUGACGAGCUUCAGAUCAAGAUGGCUCAGGGUGCAAAGCCGGGUGAAGGUGGAGAGUUGCCCGGUCACAAGGUGUCUGGACCUAUCGCUCGCACUCGUCACUCCACCCCCGGUGUCGGUCUCAUCUCGCCGCCGCCUCACCACGACAUUUACUCCAUUGAAGACUUGAAGCAAUUGAUCUACGAUCUCAAGUGCUCCAACCCCCGUGCACGUGUUUCCGUCAAGUUGGUCUCUGAGACUGGUGUCGGUAUCGUUGCUUCCGGUGUCGCCAAGGCCAAAGCCGACCACAUUUUGAUCUCCGGACACGAUGGUGGUACCGGUGCUUCGCGAUGGACUGGUAUCAAGUACGCUGGUCUGCCAUGGGAGCUGGGUCUUGCCGAGACUCACCAGACCUUGGUUCUGAACGAUCUCCGUGGCCGUGUCAUCGUGCAGACCGACGGUCAGCUGCGAACUGGUCGCGAUGUCGCCAUUGCUUGCUUGCUUGGUGCCGAAGAGUUCGGUUUUGCGACCGCCCCGCUUAUUGCCAUGGGUUGUAUCAUGAUGCGAAAAUGCCAUCUCAACACCUGCCCUGUCGGUAUCGCAACUCAGAACCCCGACCUCAGGAAGAAGUUCAAGGGUACCCCCGAGCACGUCAUUAACUUCUUCUACUACAUUUCGAAUGAGCUCCGUGCUGUCAUGGCCAAGCUCGGUUUCCGCACCAUCAACGAAAUGGUUGGUCACACUGAGCUGCUCAAGGUCCGCGAAGAUCUCCGCAACGCAAAGACCGAGAACAUCGAUCUGUCGCUCAUCCUCACUCCGGCGCACACUCUGCGUUCUGGAGUCGCGACUUACAAUGUUCGCAAGCAAGACCACAAGCUGCAUGUGCGCCUGGACAACAAGCUCAUUGCCGAGUCCGAGCUCGCUCUUGAAAAGGGACUCCCAUGCCGAAUCGAGUGCGACGUUGUGAACACUGACCGUGCCUUGGGAGCCACACUUUCGUACCAAAUCAGCAAACGCUACGGUGAGAAGGGCCUGCCGCAAGACACCAUUCACGUCAACAUCCGCGGUUCGGCUGGUCAGUCGUUCGGUGCCUUCUUGGCCCCUGGUGUCACCCUUGAACUUGAGGGUGACGCCAACGACUAUGUCGGCAAGGGUCUCUCUGGUGGUCGCUUGAUCGUGUACCCACCUCGCUCGUCCGUCUUCAAGGCUGAAGAGAACAUGAUCAUCGGUAACGUCUGCUUGUAUGGUGCUACUGCCGGUACCUGCUUCUUCCGAGGUGUUGCUGCCGAACGUUUCGCUGUGCGUAACUCCGGUGUCACUGCCGUCGUCGAAGGUCUUGGUGACCACGGUUGUGAAUACAUGACAGGUGGUCGCAUCAUCGUCCUCGGUAGCACUGGUCGCAACUUUGCCGCCGGUAUGUCUGGUGGUAUCGCCUACGUGUUGGACCUUCAGCAAGACUUUGAGAGCAAGGUCAACCAGGAAAUGGUUGAGCUUUCUUCUCUGGAAGAUCCCCAUGAAAUCGCUUUCCUCCGUGGUCUCAUUGAGGACCACCACCACUACACUGGUUCCGAGCUUGCCGCCCGUAUCCUCCUGGACUUCAACCGCGCACUUCCUCGCUUCGUCAAGGUACUGCCUACCGACUACAAGCGCGUCAUGGCUGAGGAGGCCGCCAAGGCUGCUGCAGCUCAAAAGGCGCAGUACCCUCUGCCUAUUCUUCCCGGCAACUCUGUGCGAAACCUCCAUGAGGAGUCUCGCGAGAAGGAGCAGGAGAAGGAGGCCAAGGAAGAGAAGAAGAAGGUCAGCCUCACCGACAUUGAAGAGAGCAUCCAGGAUGGACAAGCCGAGAAGAAACGCUCCCUCGUCCUGGACAAGACCAAGGGUUUCAUGAAGUACCAACGACGAUCGGAGAAGUACCGCCCUGCGAAGACCCGUACCCGCGACUGGGCUGAGCUGAGCACUCGUCUAACAUUUGAUGAAACUAAAUAUCAGACUGCGCGGUGCAUGGACUGUGGAGUACCUUUUUGUCAAUCUGACACGGGCUGCCCGAUUAGCAACAUCAUACCGAAGUGGAAUGAAUUGGUGUUUGCUGGCCAAUGGGAGGAUGCACUCAACCGGCUUUUGAUGACGAACAACUUCCCAGAAUUUACCGGUCGAGUGUGCCCCGCUCCAUGUGAAGGCGCGUGCGUCCUUGGCAUCACGGAUGAUCCGGUUGGUAUCAAGUCGAUCGAAUGCGCUAUCAUUGAUCGUGGAUUCGAGAUGGGUUGGAUGGUGCCCAAGCCUCCCAAAGUACGCACCGGCAAAAAGGUCGCGAUCAUUGGAUCCGGCCCCGCCGGGCUCGCCUGUGCCGAUCAACUCAACAAGGUUGGCCACGAGGUCACGAUCUACGAAAGGUCCGACCGCGCGGGCGGUCUGCUGAUGUACGGUAUUCCCAACAUGAAGCUCGACAAGAACGUCGUCCAACGACGCAUCGACUUCAUGGCCGCCGAAGGCAUCAAAUUUGUCACUGGCGUCUUCGUCGGCGAGGGUGACAUCACACUCGAGUCGCUCCGCGAAUCUAACGACGCUGUUGUCCUGGCCACUGGGUCCACUGUGGCUCGCGAUCUUAAGAUCCCCAACCGCAAUUUGAAGGGCAUUCACUUCGCCAUGGAAUUCCUUCACAAGAACACAAAGUCGCUCCUUGAUUCAGAGCUCGCUGACAAUGCGUACAUCUCUGCGAAGGGCAAGAAUGUGGUUGUUAUCGGAGGUGGUGACACCGGCAAUGAUUGUGUUGGCACGUCUGUUCGUCAUGGCGCCAAGUCGGUCGUCAACUUCGAACUCCUACCACAGCCGCCAGCUCAACGUGCCCCUGAUAACCCCUGGCCCCAAUGGCCUCGAAUUUACCGCAUCGACUAUGGUCACACCGAGGUCAAGACCCACAUGGGCAAGGACCCACGCGAAUACUGUAUCAUGUCCAAGGAGUUCGUUGACGAUGGCGAGGGUAACGUCAAGGGCAUCAACAUUAAGCGUCUUGAAUGGACCAAGAACUCGAAGGGUGGUUGGGAUAUGAAAGAAAUCGAAGGAAGCGAGGAAUUCUUCCCUGCUGAGCUCGUCAUGAUCUCCAUGGGUUUCCUUUCGCCAGAGGAGAAGGUCGCCGGUGGUGCCAUCGAACUUGACGGCCGUAAGAACUUCAAGACCCCGCCUGGCAAGUACUCCACCAACGUCGAGGGUGUAUUUGCGGCAGGUGAUUGCCGCCGCGGACAAUCACUCAUCGUUUGGGGCAUUAACGAGGGCCGCCAGUCUGCUCGUGAGAUUGACACUUAUCUCACCGGUCUACACUCUCAGCUUCCUGUCACCGGUGGUAUCGUCAAGCGUGCCCCUUACGUGGUUCAGAAGAAGGCCGAGGGCACCCCAAUCGAGCUCGCUGCUUGAUGGGGUUUUUGAGCAAUGAACCCAUCAAGACCGUUCCUUAAUAGCGUUCUUAUGAAAGAAAUAGAAAGCGGCGUCUGCUCAUACAAGGCUGUUUGUGGAAAGGGAGGACAGUAAGUUGCGGCAUGAUAAUGACUAUUUGGCGCAUGCACAUGGUUGGUUUCGUUUUUUGCUUUUGUUUCUUCACUGCAAAUGAUAUCAAGGGGUAUGAAAGCUAUCUUGUACGUACUAAAUUGACGAUGUAUAUGCAGAUUUUUCCACUUAGAUUUCUAUUACAUACGGUCUCGUCAAUUCCAAGAGUCAUCCAUCUG